CAGGGCCGACCCCGGGGAAGGGACCAGUACCCGCAGCCCCUGCGGCGCCCAGGCCGCGCUGCCGGGCCCGGCGGGGGCUCCGCACCUGCCCCACAGGCCCCACAGGACGGAGCUGUACGAGGACCCCCCGUCAGGAUGUUGGCCUAUCGUGUAUUCUCCAGACUACAACAUCACCUUCAUGGGACUUGAGAAACUGCACCCCUUCGAUGCAGGGAAAUGGGGAAAAGUAAUCAAUUUCUUGAAAGAAGAAAAACUAAUUGCAGAUGACUUGGUUGUACAGGCACGGGAGGCGACUGAUGAAGAUCUGCUGGUGGUUCACACGAGGCGCUACCUUAAUAGAUUAAAGUGGUCCUUUGUUGUGGCUACCAUCACAGAAAUCCCACCUGUUGCCUUUCUUCCCAAUUUUGUUGUUCAGAGAAAAGUUCUGAGGCCUCUACGAACCCAGACAGGAGGAACAAUAAUGGCAGGAAAACUGGCUGUGGACAGAGGCUGGGCCAUCAACGUGGGGGGUGGUUUCCAUCACUGUUCCAGUGACAAAGGUGGAGGGUUUUGUGCAUAUGCUGACAUCACACUGGCCAUCAAGUUCUUAUUUGAGAGAGUACCAGGGGUGUCUAAAGCCACAAUUAUUGAUCUGGAUGCUCAUCAGGGAAAUGGCCAUGAGAGGGACUUUAUGGAUGAUCCUCGGGUGUACAUUAUGGAUGCCUACAACAGAUACAUUUAUCCAGGGGAUGGCUUUGCUAAACGUGCCAUAAAACGCAAAGUGGAGCUGGAGUGGGGCACAGAGGACACAGAGUACCUUCAGAAGGUGCACACCCACGUGGAGGGAGCACUGAACGAGUUCAAACCUGACAUCCUGGUUUAUAAUGCUGGCACUGACAUCCUGGAUGGGGAUCCCUUGGGAGGCCUGGCCAUUUCCCCCCAGGGCAUUGUGAAGAGGGACGAGGUGGUGUUCAGGGCCGCGCGGCGCCGCAGGAUCCCCGUGCUCAUGGUGACGUCCGGCGGGUACCAGAAGAGGACGGCGCGGAUCAUCGCCGACUCCAUCCUCAACCUGCACAGCCUGGGGCUCAUCCACGGCCAGCUGGCAGCCAGGGGGGCUGCACACCCCAGCCUGGAGCAGAUGGUCAGGGACUCUGCAAAAGACUUGGGCAACUUGUCCCUGCAGUGAUGAGUUCCCAGUUUUAGUGCAAUAACCCGGCAGAGCCAGCUCGGUCUAACUCCUGCGUCCAUCCCGGGAAAGGCAACUCGUCCUUCUAAGCUAACAGACCUGCACUCAGAGGUACUGUCUUUGUGUCUGACACUGCUGUAGAAAGCUUUACUUGCCUCUCUGGUUGCUGUUAUGUUGAAAGAACUAUGCAGUUGGCAUCCAAAGACUGUCCCAGACCUGUUUCAGAUGGUGCGGCUUUGUCUGUGUGGGGGGGAAAUAUGGACUAAACCCACUGUUUCUUGGGUUUUUUUAGAUACUGCAUUUUAUUUAUUGCUUUUUUAAUGGAAAUGUUGUUGUAAAACGUGUUCUGUGCAGACUUCAGUGUCAGUUUAACACUAAAGUUAAGUGCAAUACUGUAAAAACCAGUGCAGUUGGAGGGCUUUGAAGCCAUAGCCUGUAAGAAGGAAAGGCCAUUAAUUUAUAGUUUAUUCCUGUUGUUGAUAGUGACUUAAAUCUUACUUAUAAGCACCUUGAAAAAUAGGAAACACCUUUGGCUCUAUAUGCAAAUGAGCCAUAAGGGCUCAACAUGAAGAGUCUGGUGUUUGCCUCUCUUAAAAUGAGCCCUGCAUGUGAAAGGGAAUAGUCCCUGUGCAUUGUGACUCUCAGAGUAAAGAAACUACAGGCAAAUCAAAGCUAAUGGAAGAGUUCUGAGCAACCUCGCAGCAAAAACUAUGUAGAAAUUCAGGUUAUCUCUACUAUUUCCAGAUUGGCAUGUAUAAAACAGUGAUGGGUACAUUGAAAUUAUUUUUUCCCCGACUAGUGCUGUGUUUUUCACCUGCUCAGAGAGUAAUGGUACUUGUAGUUGCAGUCGUAGUUGGUAAGCAAAUUGUUCAUUAUUAUUGUUCAUCUAAAAAUACAGUGGCAUUUCUACAUGAAGUUAAUGUGCUAACUUUAUAUGGAGGAUUUGGGAACAAAAUAGUGUAUUCCAAGCAAAUUCAGUGCACUACUUGUAAAGUUUGGCUUUGUUUAAGUUGGUAUAUUUUGCAUUGUAGCAGUGGAUUGUAAAUGUACUAAAUUGUAUCUUUUGCAAGAGCUUUUAUAACUUCUGAGUAUUCACUGAUUUGUACUACAAGUUUCAUGUCGUGUCUAUGUUUGAGCUUUCCUGGGAAGGAACACCAAGAUUUUGCUCAUAGUAGAGUUGCUGUCUAAGCUAUUUAAGGAAUGUUUAAUGCUAAUUAUAAUACUUACCUCACUUAGUGUUCAUGUUUAGAUGGGGUUUGUCAGUUGUAAGAAUUGCACAAUUGCUAUAAAUAUCUGCUUUAAGCCAGAUUUGACAUAUUGCACUAAGCUUAAGUUGCUACACUGGGAUUAAAAAGCACUUUUAAAUUUCUUACUAGAAGGACCAUCAGAGUACGACUAAUGUUGAGAUUUAUUUUUUCUAUACUGUCUGACGUUACUGAAAGAUGUUGUUAUUCUUUCAUGAUUUUUAUAAAAUUAUAAAUUACAUUUCUAUAAACUAAACCUGUCAUAGCACCAUAUGGUCUUUCCCCUGAGCAUCUUCUGUUUGUGUUAACAUGUUUCUAUAAUUUUCCCUUGGUGGAGAUUAAAAUGAUGUUGAACAA